AUGGAUACCCUCGAGCGCAAGGACUCAGUCCGCAAGUCCCUCGACCAGAAGGUGCCUGAGGAGACGGCCAUUGGCGAUAUCGACGAUGUCGUACUUGACCCAGCCAAGGAGAAGAAGCUUCUCAUGAAGCUAGAUAUGGCUUUUGUGCCGAUCAUCAUGUUGACCUAUCUGUCAUGUUUCCUCGAUCGUAGCAAUAUCGGAAACGUCAAAGUAGCCGGCAUGCCCACAGACAUCGGCGCAUCCGACAGCGAAUACUCCACCGCGGUUUCCAUCUUCUACGCCACCUACGUACUCCUUGAAGCCCCGUGGGCGGUAGCCAUGAAGCGACUCACCCCCCGCAACAUCCUCACCGGCCUCUGCAUCAUUUGGUCCAUCACCACCGUGUUCACGGGGUUCAUCCAUAAUGUGGCCUCACUGUACGCCACGCGAUUGAUCCUCGGCGGCUGCGAAGCGGGUCUCUUCCCAUGUCUGAACCUAUACCUGACGAUGGUCUACCGUCGCGAAGAACAAGCCAAACGAGUAUCCUACCUAAUGAGCUGCGCGGCCAUUUCGGGUGCCGUGGGCGGUCUUCUCGCCUACGGUCUGCUACAAAUGGACGGCAUUGGUGGAAAAGCCGGUUGGAGAUGGGUCUACAUAAUCGAAGGCAUCUUCAGCUUGAUCUGCGCCAUUCUCAUCUGGUUCGGUCUCCCCAACGACCCCAGCAACGCCUACUUUCUCAGCGAAGAAGAAAAAUACAUGAUGCGGAUCCGCAACGAACAACGGCGGAAAUACAUGGGCAGUGAGGAAUUCAACAUGGAGGAGAUGCGGAUUGCGCUCCGUGACCCGAAGUUAUUCUUCAGCGCCGUGACGCAGUUCUGUCAGGAUAUUCUCCUCUACGGAUUCAGUACUUUCCUCCCUACUAUCUUGGAAAGUCUGGGAUAUAAUAGUCUGAUGAGUAAUGUGCUCACCGUCCCGGUAUAUAUCUGGGCCGCGGUGGUAUUCAUCGCGGUGGCAGUUUGUGCCGAUAGAUGGGAGAGGUUUUCAAUCUUCAUCCUCGUAACCAACAUCUUCGGCAUAAUCGGCUACAUCCUGCUAUUAUCCGUCUCCUCCAACGCCGUAAAAUACUUCGCGACUUACCUCUGCGGCAUCGCCGUCUACACGGGCGUGGGUCUAAACGUCGCAUGGCUGAACGUCAACGUGGCGCCACAAUACCGUCGCGCGCUGGCCAUCGGCCUCCAACAAACCAUCGGGAACUGCGCGGGGAUCGUCGCCGGACAAGUGUAUCGCACUUCGCCAUAUGUUCUAGGGAACGGGUUUAGUCUGGGUUCGUUGGUGGUCGCGCAGGUGGUGGUGGCUCUGCACGCGGUGUAUUUACGACGGGAGAAUGCCAAGAAAGAGGAGAUUUUGGCGGGUUCGAAGGAGGAUGAUCGACGGGUGCGGACGGGGGACGCGGAGGUGGAGUUUCGGUAUCAUUCUUAG